AUGACCCUGAACACGCAGCACGGGAGCAAGACCCCGCUGCGGAGGAGAGCCAGCACUCCUCUGCCGCGGCCGGGGGUGCUGGAUGCUCCCCCCCGGAGCGAGCCCGGGCACCCCCAGCUCGGUCACACCGCGCCCGAGGCCAGGGGCAGGGCCGCGGCCUCCCGGAGCAGUUGGUCCUCGGAGUCUUCGGGCUCCUCUGUCUCCUUGGAGCCCCGGUACCGAGUGGUGCUGCUGGGUGACCCCGGCGUGGGCAAGACCAGCCUGGCCAACGUCUUCGCCGGUGUCCAGGAGCGGGACCUGCUGGAGCAGCACGGAGGGGCCAUGUACGAGCGCACACUGGCCGUGGACGGUGAGGAGACCACACUGCUGGUGAUGGACGCUUGGGAGUCGGAGCAAAGGGUACGGCAGGGCUGGGGGAGCUGCCGGUGCCUGCGGAUGGGGGACGCCUACGUCCUGGUCUACUCCAUCACCGACCGCGGCAGCUUCGAGAGCGCCUCGGAGCUGCGCAUCCAGCUGCGCCGCGCCCGGCAGGCUGAGGACAUCCCAAUCAUCCUGGUGGGCAACAAAACCGACCUGGUGCGGUGCCGAGAGGUCUCCCUCGAAGAGGGCCGAGCCUGCGCCGUGGUGUUCGAUUGCAAGUUCAUCGAGACGUCGGCAGCCCUGCAGCACAACGUGGCCGAGCUCUUCGAGGGGGUGGUGCGGCAGAUCCGCCUGCGCCGCGGACCCAAAGAGGCCCCCAAGAACCCCGCGGCUGGCCAGAAGCGCAAGGAGAGCCUCACCAAGAGGGCGCGGCGCUUCCUCGACAGGCUGGUAGCCAGGAACAGCAGCAAAGUGACCCUCAAAGCCCGCUCCAAAUCCUGCCACGACCUGUCCGUGCUCUGA